GGUGGCCCCAACGCAACGAUGUUCCAGCGAAUCAAAGGAGCCAUCGACCGCACCAUCGCGGAGGAGCAAGCCCGCCAGCAGAAGGCGUUCGAGGCGAGCGCCCCCAUGUCCAGAUCUGCCUCGUCGACAUCGCGAACAAACGAAGGCGGCGCAGGCAGACGGUCUCGUUCCAAGAACCCAGACUCUGACGCUGGAGGCUCUGCCAUAAAUCCUGAUCCUGCCUUUUUCGAGGCAGCUUUUGUCAUCGACGAUGGCGACGAGCCUAGUCGAGCAGGAACUCCCAAGCCGCCUGUGCCUCCUGAGAAGGACACGCCGAACGGAGAAUCUACUGGCCACGCUGAGGCUGCACAAAAAUCAAACUCUGGUGGCGAUGGCAAGGGCGAAGGAGCUGCCCAUACGACCAAGCCGGUGCUGAGUCUGGAGCUCAAGCAGAAGCUUCGCAAGCUGGAGAAGCUUGAAGCCACUUAUCCUGAACUUUUACGAUCCUACCGCGUUGCUCAUCGUCGUGCUACUGCCAUCGAGCCUUUCGAGAAAGCGCUGCGCGAGAAUACACCUCUGGCCACUAUUGGCGACCCAGAGUCUUUGAUCGAGUAUCUCAACCAGCUGAAACUCAAGGAAAGCAUGAUAAUGGAGGAACAUAAGCAAAUCUCUGUCGAGAAAGAAGAGCUCAAGAAGAAGAACGCGGAGCACGAGGAGAAGAUUAAGAAGCUCCAGGCCGAAGUUGAUACACUCAAAGCUGAAAAGCCAACCAAGGGUGACAACGAGAAAUCUGGAGGAGAUGAUGGAGAUUUCUUUUCCUAUGAUGACGAGGUCCCCAAGCUCCAAGCUGAAAUUUCCAACAAGACGGAAGAAAUCGAAACGCUCAAGGCUGAACAGGAUGACUCUUCUGCCAAGCAAGAUGAACAGAUUGAGACGCUCAAAGCUGAGGUGGAAACCCUGAACCAGCAGCUCUCCACUGCUCGCGAAGAGAAACUAGACUUGAUGAAGAGCAUGGAGCAUUACACCGAAGACAUGACCAGGUUUAGCAAAGCCUGUGAAGCAAACGAUGAACUCCAGAAUCAACUAUAUGCCCGAAGCGGUGAAAUGGCCAGCUUGGUCGACAGACUUGCCAAUGGAGACAGCGCCUACAAGGAGCUGCAGGCCCAAGCCACUGACAUGGCCAAUCAACUUAGCAAAGCAGAUGCGGCCAAGACGAUUUCUACUGCCGUGAUUGACGAGCUCAAAAUAAGAAUUGACUCGUUGAAGAAGGACAAGGAAGAUCUCCAAGCCACGGUUGAUAAGCUCGCCGAUUUGGUUGAGGCUCAAGACAAUGCACCCCCCGCGCCUCCACCACCCCCAGGACCUCCUCCACCACAGGCUUCUGAUUCUGUGGAGGAACCACCGCAAGCUUCUGAUUCUCUGGAGGAACCACCACAAGCUUCUGAUUCUGUGGAGGAUCCGCCGCAAGCUUCCGGCUCGCUGGAAGUUCCAUCUAAAGCUAGGCGGUCGACGACGCGCACCGGCAAAAACAAGAAGAAAAACAAGAAGAAGAAGGGCCGCGGUGGCAGAGCUGCUAGUCCCGCUCCCUCCACUACCCGCUCCGCUACUCCCUCUGUAGCUGCAGACGAGACUGAAGAUGACACGCCGACUAAGACUCCUGCCACUCCUACCACUCCUGCCACCUCCGCUCCUCCAGCUUCUGACGCUCCUGAAGCUGCCACAGAUGCCCAAGGCCAAGAUACUGCUGCCUUGGAGGCUCAAAUCGCCCUGCUGAACCAGGAAAUUGAGGUCAAAGACAAAGAGAUUGAUCGACUAUCCAAACAGCGUAAGACUGAGGAGGAUCUUCGCGAGGAGAUUGAAACUCUGCAGGAAAACCUGAUCAACAUUGGCCAAGAUCACGUCGAAGAUAGGCAACGCAUCAAGGAGUUCCAAGAGGAGAAGAAGAAGUUGACGACAGAGAUUACCGCUUUGGAGAAGCAAGUUGCUGCCAUGGGCUCCAUAGCCAACGCCAGCUCGCAGGCGCAAGAGGAGCUGAAAACUCUCAUCAAGGACUAUCAAGAUUUGAAGGAGAAGUUUGGUACUGUCAGUUCUGAUCUUGAGGCGUCGCAGCAGCUGGCGCAAAGCCGCUUUAAGGAGGUGACUGAAUUGCGCGAAGUUAUGCAGAAGUUGCAGCCUGAGGUUAAGAGCUUACGCCAGGACUCUGCUGAGCUCAAGAAGGCCAAAGAGGAGCUUGCGGCCAAGGUCAAAGAAUUCAAGGAUUUGGAGAAGAAGGCAAAGGAACUGGAGCGGAAUCUGGCCACUUCUCGACAAGAGGCGGCCAACCACGUCUCGGAGACCAAGACUCUCAAGGACAAGCUGGCAGCAGAGACUGAAGCAAAAACCCAGCUGGAGAAUUCCCAGCGCGUGUCAGGGCGAGACCUUAGAAAGGCCGAUGCCGAGAAGAUUGAGCUGAGUGCCAAGUCGGAGAAGGUGGAGCGCGAGCUGCACAAGGUCCAAGAGGAGAUCUCCAAGCUUAGACCGCGGGUGACGGAUCUCGAGGACCAGGUGCACAAGCUGAAGCGCGAGAAGGCGGCGGCCCAGGAGGAGACUGAGUUCAAGGCCAAGCAGUAUACCACGGCCCAGGGCCUGCUGAGCAGCAUGCGCGACCAGGUGUCGGAGAUGACGGUGCAGCUCAAGGAGUCGCAGUCCCAGGCACGAUCCCUGGAAGAGGAGCUUGGCGAGGUGCAGCAUCUGUUGCAGGAGCGCACCAGAGAGGGCGAGACAAUGCGGCGGCUCCUUGCAGACGUGGACCAGCAGGCCGAGACCAAGAUCCGGGACAUGCGCAACCGAAUGGAGGCGGCAAUUGCCGAGCGGGAGCGCCUCGAGGACGAGUCCAGCACCACGAUGCGCAAGAACGCAAAGGCAGUCGGAGAGCUCAAGUCUCGAGUGCGAGAACUCGAAGGGGAGGUUAAGGACCUUCGCAGCGAGCGUGAGGGAGUCGAGCAGCGCGAGCGGACCCUGCGCCGCCGCAACCAGGAGCUUGAAUCAGUCGAGAGCAGAAGCGAGACGGAGGCUGCAGAUUUGCGAACCACAAUCUCGUCGCUGCGGUCUGCCUUGGACGCCUCUGAGCAGCAGGUCCGAGACGGGGAGAGGCUCAAGACGUCCCUGCGCAAGGACUACGAAUCGCUGCAGCUCAUGUACGAUAAGAUGUCCAAGGAGCUCAAGGCGAUCCAGGCCAAGGCCACGGCCACGGCCACACCAACGAGCGGCACGACGUCUCGCACGUCGAUAGAUUCGACUCGCACCUCGUCUGUCAGCGGCGAACUGUCUGAAGUGCUGUACCUCAAGACGAUUCUGCUGCAGUUCCUGGAGCAAAAGGACAACAGACUGAGGGCGCAGCUGGUGCCCGUCUUGGGCAAGCUCCUCAAGUUUGACAAGGCUGAUGAGAAGAAGUGGCUCGCUGCGGUUCAACAUAUCGAAGUUCGUUAG